AUGGUAUCAGGUCAACUCAUUAAUUUUGAGAAGUCUUCGAUCCAAUUUGGACCUAAAAUUGAAGAGUCAAACAGACAGGAAAUGAGAGACAUUCUGGGCAUUCAGAAUCUUGGAGGAAUGAGAACUUAUCUAGGAUUACCAGAAAACCUUGGGGGCUCAAAGAUUCAGGCACUUCAGGCUUUAGUGGACUCACAGGAUGCGAAAAUUAUCGAGAGCAUACCACUGAGCAGAUUCCAGAUGGUAGACAAAGAUGGAUGGCAUUUCGCAACAAAUGGGAAAUGCACGGUUAAAUCGGGAUAUCAGGUAGAACGGGUUUACCCGGAUAGAGAAAAACCACCAGUAUUGUUUGGACCUACGGUCGAUGGAUUGAAGUCAUUCUGCUGGAAAGUCAGGUGGCCACCAAAGCUUAAACAUUUUCUCUGGCAGUUGGUGACAUGGUGUAUAGCGGUCAAGAAAAAUUUACAAGCGCGAGGGAUAAGUGGAAGGAAUAGUAAGGUGUUUAGCAAUCUGGAUAUUGAUCCUAGGGAUACGCUCAAAUUGGCGGAAACAGAUUCAACCCUUUGGGCUGAAGCCCAGAUAGUGAAUGAACAGAGGAUAGUCCCACAGGUAGAGAUUAUGUCUUCACUGUCAAAUCCAGGUCGAUGGGGUUUCGUAGAUGGUUCCUGGAAAGAGAAAGAUUUUUUCUCCGGACAGGGUUGGUACAAUACUUUAGAAGGCUUCGAUGGGUUGCUGGGGGCGAGGAAUGUUCGGGCUAGUCUCUCUCUCCUCUCCAUGCAGAGAUGGAAGCACUACUCUGGGCUAUGGAAUGUAUGA